CAGGCCAGAACAAUUCUAAAGUCCUCGCCUAUGUGCCUGACGCAAAUUCAGCAGCUGGGCAGAAGUUAGAAUUGGACUGAAUACUACGUCACGGACAAAAAAUCCUCUGAACUAGCCGCCUGUGUUUCUUGCUUUGGGAAACUUUUCGUAUCCUAGCUGUGCAAGGAGAUUUUAGGGGGUGAAUUGUCUUAGAUAAUUCAAGAUGAGGAUUUUUCUGUUGUUGGCCUUUGUGGCCGUAGCCAGGGCAGCAUCUCUAAGGAAGAGUCUAGUGCCGUGGGAGGAGUGGGAUGUCGAUCUUCGGAUAACUGGACCGGGUACUCAGACUACCUCAGAUUCACCACGGGUGUGCUGGGACGCUGAUUGGGAUGGCAAUCCCGUGCAGCUUUGCUGUGAGGGCUACACUGGUCGCGUCGAGGAUGGCUGCCCUACACCUGUGUGCAACUCACCAUGCCAGAACGGAGGAACGUGCGCUGCACCGGACCAUUGCGUAUGCACCAAGGCAUACACUGGGGAUACUUGCAGUACUUUGAAGAAGGAAUACCGAUGGAGCGAUUGGGUGAAUUUGGACCGGGAAAACAUCAUCGGUGAUUUUGAGACAUUGUAUCACAUCCGUGCAGUGCUGGAUGUAUGUAAGAACAGCGUCCCUGAGGACAUUGAGUGUCAGACUGAAGAAGGCAUCGAUCACACCGUUUUGGGCCAAGUACUGACAUGUGACCGCCGCUUGGGCCUGAAAUGCCGGAAUGACGAGCAGCCUAGUCCUGACACGCACUGCCUGGACUACCGGGUCAGGAUCCUGUGUCCGGUUAAGGAUGUGGCGACCAAGACUGGCUUCACUUGCAUCCAGAAGACGCUGGAGUACAGUGCCAGAGAGGUUGUGAAGGAGGGUGAUUGCUCAGCGUGUGAGUGUCAGUUGGAUGGACGUUGGGAAUGUCACAGGGAUGAAGAUUACUGUGAUACUCCCAUUUCCACGACCCCAGCACCUCAGUUCUCGUGGCUUCCAUCUGGCGUACAGACUGGCCAAUGCAUUGUGGGUGAGACUGUCUUCAAUCACGGUGACACCACGACCCUGGAUUGUAAGAUGUGUACCUGUGACAUGACUAACGGCUGGUCCUGUGUCGACAUUGAUGACCCGACCUGUGUAGCGCCCCCUGAUGAUGACUACUGCCGGAUCGACAAUCACUUCAUCUUCUUCCAUGGACAGACAGCGAAGAAAGAUUGCAACACAUGCAUCUGCAAGAACAGCAAAUGGGACUGCACUCAGACUAUCUGCCCUGACAAGACUAACAGGAUGGAAUACUUCCUACGGUGUGUCAAUCCCGAGACCAACAAUCGCCAUGACGACGGGGAGAUCGUCAAGAGAGACUGCAACGUCUGUGUGUGUACUCAAGGCAAGUGGGAGUGCACACGUGACCCGUGUGAGGAGGGGACAUCUCUAGACACCGAUACUACCCUGUCCACUAAGAAGGUGUGUACCACACCCACCGGCCUGCCCUACCCCCACGGUGCCACUAUCGGCCAGGACUGCAAUGCAUGCAAGUGUUUUGACGGCAAGUGGCUGUGCACUCGUCGCUUCUGUUCCCCCGAGACUUACCCCAACUCCACCUGUGUGGACGAAGUGACCACUUCACUGGUCAAGAGUGGCCAGACCAUCCGACGGGGAUGCAACGUCUGCUUGUGCAAUGGCGGCAACCUGACAUGUACCACUAAGCCCUGCGAGAGCAACACCGGCGUCUGCUUUGAUGAGCAACGUCGUUUCGCAACCACCUCCACGUCUUUCGAUCGUCAGUACCGCCCAGUCUGCAACAGUGAUGGCACCUUCAGCCCGAUCCAAUGCAACCCGCUCCAUGGCGUGUGCUUCUGUGUUACCACCCUGGGUCACGUCAUACCGGGAACCAGUGUCAGGCAGGGUACCGGCUCACCAAACUGCUCGCCUUACACCAUCGGUAUCACCAAUCCCCUGCAUUUCACCAUGCCCAGCACACAGACUGGUAACUUCCCCUGCAUUGAGACCACCCAGGACACCACUACCCGCCUGACUGGGUACAACACCCCCAAGUGCCUGCCCAAUGGGGACUUUGCCCCUCUGCAGUGUGACCCCCACACUGGGGUGUGCUACUGUGUCACCCAGGAGGGUACCACUAUCCCGGGUACCGUGCUGCAUGUCAGCCAGGGACGGCCUAACUGUGAUGUGGCUAGAGAUGACAUUCCUGUUUCAACCACCACUGAGCUCAAGACCCCAUGCAGGCAGGAGAGAGACAACGCUGAACUCUACAAGCUUCCCUUCGUGCCAGAAUGUGACGAGACUGGUCGAUACCAGCCCCUCCAGAUCAAUCGGAUGCUUAACAUCCGUUUCUGCGUUGACGUUAACGGCGUAGUGUUGGAGCAGACCAUCAGCAAGUCUAGCUUCAUGGAUUGUGCCAGCUACAGCCACUAUGUUCACGAGGAUAUCAAGCCUUACACCAACAAGAUGGACCCUGAUAAUGAACCAUACACCCUGCAGACCUACCCAGUCAAGGACAUGAUCCACAAGACCCCACGCUGCAAGCUCCAGCGUCUGAUCUCUCAGUUUGUGUCCAGUGUCUACCGUCCAUCCUGCCAGGAAGAUGGUCGGUUUAGCCCCGAGCAGUGCCCCAGUAAUACCGAUCUCUGCUUCUGCGUUGACGUCACAGGUGCUAUCAUCCCAGAGACUAUGCGCCGUGUAGGGUAUGCUGGUGUAAACUGCAAUGACUACAGCAGUGUCUUCGAUGUCGUGACUCCAACCAACACCACUACAGUCAUGAUCCAUCCUGAUGUCUCCCUGACCCACUCCGGAUGGGAACCCAAACUGACCGAGAUCGAUCACCCAAGACACAUGGUCGGACGACAAUACACACGCACUACCAAGCCAAGAGUCUUCAAAACAAACGUGACUUCCUGUAUACGUCAGCAGCAGAUUGCCACCAUGGUCCCAGGCGUGUUCUAUCCCUCAUGCCAUCGCAACGGAACCUUCAAUACCAUGCAGCACCAGCCGCUCAGCCGCGAGGUCUACUGCGUGGACAAGAACGGCGUCAAGAUUGAGGGAACCGAGAGGCGUGUGGACUUCCAGCCAAUGCCCGACUGCACGCCGUACUGGAAUACCACUGUCGACAUGACCAAAGUGAGCAAGCAUUGGACCAGUACACCUCAUCAGGAUACCAUGGUAACCAAACCCAUUCCAUUGGACAGCCUCUUCCCUGCUGGAUUGCACCACCACCCCAACUGCACCAGGCAGCAGGAGAUAACGAGUCGUCUAGAGGGCGCUGUUGUCCCGACCUGCGAACCCAACGGCACUUACACACCGCUGCAGUGCAACGCGACCACCGGUGUGUGCUACUGCAUGCUGCCAUAUGGCGACGUGCUGCCGGAUACCGUACUGCCCAUGGUCAAGGGAACGCCUAGCUGCUGGCAUCUCAGGAAUGUGUCCAUUCUGCAGUCGACCACUCCAGUGCCCGAUGUGUGCCGGUUGCCUGUUGUGAAAGGACCGUGCAGGGCUCGUUUCAUCCGCUGGGCCUUCAGUAAGCUCCUGAACAAGUGCCACAUGUUUGUCUACAGUGGUUGCCGCGGCAACGACAACCACUUUGAAACCAUAGAGGAAUGCCAGAGCACCUGUGGAUACUUGACACCCCCCACGGAUCCUCGUCCGUUGACCUGUGAGCGUAAGCUUGCUCGCUUCAACCGGAUGAACUUUGCCCAGCGUCUGACCAUGAAGCGUCCACUGUGUACCCCUGAUGGCAACUACAAGCCCAAACAGUGCCACCUGAGCCGAACUGAUGACGGGAUGUUUGAGAGAGUCUGUGAGUGUGUGCACCGAGCAACGGGAGAAGUCCAAGUCUGUGAAGAGGAGGGAACAAGGAACCUAAAUCUUUGGGAACGUGUGGUUGUCUCCACCACUCCAGCUCCAAUCCCAGAAAUAGACGGUUGCAUCUCGGAGGGCGUCAUGUACCAUAGAGACGAUGAAUUCUUCCAGGAUUGUAAUUCAUGUGUGUGUCUCGGCAACAACCAGGCUGCGUGUACCAGGAAGUACUGCCCAUCAUAUAAUUGUUACCGCUUUGGAAUGGUGGAAACACAGUAUGAGCGCGGAUGUGAGGAAUGUAACUGCAUUGGAGGAAGCUGGGACUGUCAGAUGAAACCAAACUGCAAUCCUGACCAGAGACCUGCCCCAGACAUGGGAACUGCCACUGAGUGCCACAGGGACAAUGGUAAAGUGAUGACGAUCGGAUCAUUCUACUAUAAUGACUGCAACAAGUGCACUUGUAUGUCUCACGGCCAUGUGACGUGUGAGACCAACUACUGCAUCCCCCGUCAUUGUUACCAUGAGGGCACACCCUACCACACUGAGGAUAAAAUCAUGAAUGACUGCAAUGAAUGCACUUGCUAUGGUGGCCAGUGGCAAUGCCAGGAUUACACCUGCGAUCCAAUCAUCCGCACCAGAGUCCGCCUGGAAGGUUGUGAAUACAAAGAAGAAGCGUAUACCAAUGGCCAGACAUUCUACGACCGAUGCAACUUGUGCCGUUGCCUAGGAAACAAUGCCACAAGCUGUGACAGGGAGUACUGCAGCCCAUCAAGCUGCUUUGUGAAGGAGGUGGAAAUCAGAAACACACAGUCUCAGACCAUUGACUGCCGAACAUGCACUUGCCACAACGGAUUGUUGGAAUGCGUAGAGGAUGCGGAAUGUCUGCAUGUCAUGGUGCACCCGAUUGUCCAAGUCAACUUGGAUUCCUCCAUCAAAUGCCAAUUUGAAGGCAAGACCUACACUAACGGCGACCAAUUCUGGAAACAGUGCAAGCCAUGUCGUUGCUUUGACGAUGGAGAGGUGCAGUGUGAAGACAAAGCCUGCUCACCAAAUCUUUGCUAUGAGGAGGGAGUCGCCUAUCUGAGCGGAGAUGUGCUCUUGACCGAUCUCCACCAAUGUACUUGCUUCCGCGGUGGCCACUGGGAUUGCGUGGACAAACCUCAAGAUGCUGGCCGUCCUGAUGUGAUUGAGUGCCCCAGUGAGCGUCCAGCUAUCUCUUGUCUGACCAAUCCCUGCGAUGGCAGAGUCUGUCCGACCCGCCGCGAUGCCGUCUGUGUCCCUGACUACUGCGGCCAUUGCCUCCCAGUCUUCUUUGACCAGUACGGUAACCGGCUCCGAUGCUAAAAGGAUUGAUUUUGUGUCUGUUGAUUGACUGAAUAUCUGCACAGCGAGGACAACUUGAGGAAUAAUCCAUUUGAUAUGAGGUUGAGAAACCAUAGAAGUAAUGAGUUUUCUUAAUGCCAGGACAUUGAAGUAGAUUAUACAUAACUUGAUUUGCAUUCUUAACUUUAACUGAAUUCUGCUAGCUGUCGAUAUUGUAAACUUUGCUCUAAUAAACUCUAGUAAUUGUAGUUAUAUUCGUAGAUUUCUGCUGUCUCCAGGUUUAGAAAUGUACCCUAAGAUUUCUUUUUCUUAUCAAUGGUCAACAUCAUCAGUGUUAAGACAUUUUGCUACAUCAAACUUUCCUUAUCAUUUUCUUCUAAUAUUAAUACAUCCUCAUGGUAACAUGCUCAAUGUAUACGUUUGCUUUUACUAAAACUCACAGAACCAUUUUUUUGACAAGAUAUGCACAUUUCCAGACAGGCAAUUGUUUUUGGAUAUUUGAGGUUUUGGUUUUGAGAUAUUUAAAUUAGUUUGAUUUUUGGUAAAAAAAAAAAAAAAAGGGAAAGUUUGGUUCUUGGUCACACAAUUUUUCCCCCAAUAUUUUCUACUUUUAUUUUAUCUGUGAUAAAAGUGUAGAAGUGUGAGUAUCUUGUUUUAAAAAUCCAGCAAAGUUUUGUGUUGCCUAAUUGUAACUUUUAUGUUUUUAAAGACAUACAGUGGACCAAAAAUAUUUGCCGUAGGUAGGAAAAAUACAUCAUUGUGUAAACACAUAGUUUCAUAACAUUGUUACAAUUACAUAUCUAAUUGUUCGUCUUCCUAUUGAAACAAAACUGCAUAAAAUAUUAACACUUUCUUACUCUGUCUGAUUACUUGCCUUAAGAUGUAAACAAUGUAUAUGUAGGCUUAUUUCUAAUCGCAAUUAAAACGCGCAUAUCGUCAAUGAUGUUAUUGUCUAAAGUAAUGUUUCGUUUUGUAUGUGAUAAUUAUGUAGUCUUCAGGUCCUGGCUAAUUUGAAUAAAUUUGCAUGCAUAAAUAAAUCAUA